GUCGGAAGACGGCUCAGCAAACUCACCUUUCACUUUCUCGUUUGCAAAAAGCUACACUCCAUGAAAAAACAGAUGCUGUUUAUUUCAAGCUGUUAGGAAAGGAAAGUGAAAAUGAGGAAGGAAAUAUUGACAAUAAUUUGUCUUGUACAGCUGUCUGCAGGAGCAUCAUGGUUUCGACGUUAUGAUUCAAAAAAGCCUUGCAUGGCUUUGGUUGAUGGGAAAUAUUCAAUAAGUGAUGUAUUCGCUUACAUGGAAUGCAAAGACCAUGUUGCAUCUAUAAAAACAUGCAAAGAAGGUCAAAUCUUUGAUCCUAAGCGAAAAGAGUGCAUAGAUUCAAGCAAGGUUACUAUAGAUACCAUCUGUGAAAAUCGAAAUAAUGGGAAUUAUCGCAACCCUUGGAACUGUCAUCAGUUUAUCAUGUGUGUUCAUGGCAAGCAGCAUACGUUUAACUGUUCCGUUAACACCUUAGUAUUUGAUCCAUACUCUAACAGAUGUGAAUAUCCUUCCAAAAUGCAAUGCAAGGAGAUUAAAACUCCAUCCAAUCCUUGCAGUGGUUUGCCAAAUGGAAAUUUUCCGUUGCGUGAUGUGUUUCGUUUUAUGACUUGCCAUGAAAAUAAAGCAUCGUAUUCACAAUGUCCAAAACAUACAAUGUUCGAUCCCAAUCAGGACAAAUGUGUCUCAAUAAAAAGCUACAACAAAAAAUUGUUUUGUAAGCAUCGUUCAACAUCAAACUGGCGUGAUCCAUGGAACUGUCAUGGCUUUAUUUCCUGCGUGCAUGGGGAAGUAUAUUUCAGAUCAUGUGCUUCAGCCCAGCCACCUUUAGUUUACAACCCAAAUUUAGAUCUCUGUGUUCAUAAUGGUGAAUUCCAGUGUGACCAAGAACUAGACUACGUGAAGUUUAAACAGUCCUCAGAAAAAGACAGCGAACCGUGUCAAACCCUGAAAGAUGGACAAUAUGCCAUACGUGAUGUUUUUAAGUACAUGACAUGUAAAGGAGGAAAAUCAACCUACACAGCCUGUCCCAAUAACUAUAUUUAUGAACCUGGAAGUCAGAAGUGCGUCUCCAUAGCCACUCAGUCAGUACCAAACUUUUGUCAGAAUAGAACUGAUGGUGACUGGGCAAAUCCCUGGAGUUGUCAUCGCUUUUUUAAGUGUCACAUUGGUAGAACACAUAACUUUCCCUGUCAACUAAAUAGUUUGGUUUUUGACCCAUAUCUAGAUGCAUGUGUGUACUCAAGUCAGUAUGGAUGUAAGCAAAUUGGAUCUAAUGUGGAAAAGGGUGACAUCUAUUCCUGUGCAACAAAAGGUGAUGCAGACUUUGUGAUACCUGAUGUUUUUGCCUAUUUAGAAUGUAAAAAACAUGUUGGGACCAUAAAAAAAUGCAAAAUUGGUGAUAUAUUUGAUCCAGUUCUUCUGAAGUGUGUUGAUGGUUCAAAAGUUAAUAUCAAGACAUUUUGUUCGCACCGCCCAACUAUGAACUACAGAGAUCCUUGGAAUUGUCAUAAGUUUCUUGUUUGUGUCCAUGGUUCUUCAGUACCUUUUGAUUGUCCAGUGUCAAGUUUAGUAUUUGAUCCUUACAACAACACAUGUGAACUUGCUAGCAAAUUCCCUUGCCAACAAUUAUCUGAACAAUCAGCAGCUGAUCCUUGUGAAACUUUAAAGGAUGGAGAUUAUGCGAUUCGGGAUGUUUUUAAGUAUAUGACAUGUACAGCAGGAAAAUCAAAAUAUAAAAAAUGCCCUGACAAUAACAUCUUUGAGCCUGGAAAGAGAGAAUGUGUAGAUAUAUCAACUCAAUCUGUUGAAAACUUCUGUCAACAUAGAAGUGAAGGUGACUGGGCAAAUCCCUGGAACUGUCAUGGAUUUUUUAAAUGCUUUCAAGGCUUAACACACAGUUUCAAUUGUCAAGUAGCCACUUUGAAUUACAAUCCAUACAUAGAUGCAUGUGUUUAUCCAAAUCAAUACCCAUGUAACCAAGUCAAGCCAAAAAUUUAUCAUAAUGGACCUACAAAUCCAUGUGCACAUCGCCCUGACGGCUGGUAUGAUAUACCUGACGUAUUUUCAUACAUGCAAUGCAAAGAUCAUGUUACAAAAUAUAUUAACUGUGCUGAUGGUCAGGUAUAUGAUAUAAAACAAAAGAAGUGUGUUGCAGGAUCAUCACUGACCAAAAAGAACUUCUGCAACAACCGCCAAUCUGGAAAUUUUAGAGACCCUUGGGACUGCCACAGUUAUGUAACUUGUGUCCAUAAAACAUUCAUUGAAAGACCAUGUGCUGUGAAAAGCUUGGUGUAUGAUCCCUACAAUGACCUUUGUGAAUUCCCCACUAAAUUUAAGUGCAAGCAACUUAAAGGUGAAAUAACACAAGCAGCUAAUCCAUGUGAUGGAAAAACAGAUGGAAAUUAUGCAAUACCAGAUGUAUUUAAGUAUCUAACAUGCAAAGGUGGAAAGGCAACAUACACUGCCUGUCCAGAUCAUAACAUAUUUGAUCCAUCAAGUGGAAAGUGUGUGAACAUAUACACGCAAUCUCUUCCUGCGUUUUGUCGUGAUCGAACUGAUGGCGAUUGGGCUAAUCCAUGGAACUGUUAUCAAUAUAUUACCUGCACAAAGGGAAACACACGAUCUUAUCCAUGUUUAAUCAAUGGCUUUGUUUUUAAUCCUUACCAAGAUGUUUGUGUUGAAUAUGGUGCGUACCCUUGUCAUCAAGCUGCACGGAACAAGAGAAUAGACACAGAUGUACAUCACAGAGAAGACAAAGUUACUUCAUCUUCUGAAACAAAGGUGGAUACCACAGUGGAGGACCCUUGCACCAAGUUACCUGAUGGGCGUUACCCAAUUCGUGAUGUUGCAAAAUAUCUCUAUUGUCAUUAUCAUCAUUCACAUUACAUUAGUUGUCGUGCAGAUCAAAUCUUUGAUGCAAGCAAGAAAACAUGCGUACCAAUUUCAUCCAUCACAUUAGAUAACUUCUGCAAGGGAAGACCUAAUGGAAACUGGCGUAAUCCCUGGAACUGCCACGAUUACAUUACAUGUCAUGCUGAAAGAUCUUUUGACCGUCCAUGCUCAGUUUUAACAACACUAAAUUACGACCCAACCAUUGACAUGUGUCAGUAUCCAUACAUACACAAAUGUGUAAACAUUACAGACGCUGAUGGACAUCACAGAGAAGACAAAGUUACUUCAUCUUCUGAAACAAAGGUGGAUACCACAGUGGAGGAUCCUUGCACCAAAUUACCUGAUGGGCGUUACCCAAUUCGUGAUGUUGCAAAAUAUCUCUAUUGUCAUUAUCAUCAUUCACAUUACAUUAGUUGUCGUGCAGAUCAAAUCUUUGAUGCAAGCGAGAAAACAUGCGUACCAAUUUCAUCCAUCACAUUAGAUAACUUUUGCAAGGGAAGACCUAAUGGAAACUGGCGUAAUCCCUGGAACUGCCACGAUUACAUUACAUGUCAUGCUAAAAGAUCUUUUGACCGACCAUGCUCAGUUUUAACAACACUAAAUUACGACCCAACCAUUGACAUGUGUCAGUAUCCAUACAUAUACAAAUGUGUAAACAUUACAGUUGCUGUCUUUGAAGAAACUAGUAAUCCGUGUCAAAACAAACAAGAUGGCGUCUACUCAAUCUCAGAUGUUUUUAAGUAUUUGACUUGUCAAGAUGGAAAACCAACGUACACAAAUUGUCCAAAACAUUCUAUGUUUGAUCCAACAAGCUCUAAAUGUAAACGGACAAAUGACAAGAUUGAUAAUAGCAUUGCAAGGUCUAAACCACUACCUGAUGUUUUGUGUAAAGAUAGAAGCGAUGGUCGCUACGGUAUUGCAGAUGUGUUCGCAUACUUGCAGUGUCAUGAAGAAAAGUCGGAAAUAGUGAAGUGUGAUAAAGAGAAGAUGUUCGAUGAAUUUGACUCCAAGUGUGAACCUGGUGCUGGCUACUCGAAAGAUGUCUUUUGCCUUUAUCGAAAGACUGGAAAUUACCGUAAUCCUUGGGAUUGCCAUAGCUUUAUCACCUGUGUGCAUGGCACAUAUAUGGAGAGACCUUGUCCGUCACCCUACUUGGUAUAUGAUCCGUACACAGAUCGCUGUGAAUAUCCAACACAAUUUCGAUGUACUCAUUUAGGAACAUAUCCAUGCUCUCCAGUACCUGGCUAUCAUGGAGGAAAAAAGUGGUGUACAAGCUCACCUGAUGGACAGUAUCCAUUGACAGAUGUCUUUAAAUAUGUUAUAUGUACAAACCACACGGAUGAUGUGCGUCAUUGUACAAAGGGCGCGAUAUAUUCACCAGUACAAAAGAAAUGUCUAACCACACUUACACCACAAAAUUUCUGCACAGAUCGAAAAUUGUGUGCUUGUAAUUGGAGAAACCCGUGGAAUUGUCACUAUUAUAUAACCUGCACUCAUGGCUAUUGGCAUGAUCGAACUUGUGCAACUAACUCAUUAGUCUACAACCCAGACCUAGACAAGUGUCAGUUCGCGAAGGAUUAUAACUGCACUGUGAUUAAGCGAACAUACCCAACCAACUCUUCAGCAAUCGCACCACAAAUUAAAGACAUCUGCACCACCUUACCUGAUGGCAACUACGCGACACGCGACGUAUUAAUGAUACUGCAAUGUAAAAAGCAUGUGUCGCAUAAAGUGGCGUGUGGAAAGGGACAAAUUUAUAUACCUGGCCAAGAAAAUUGCACUGAUGCAAGUAAAAUCAUACAAGAUGACUUUUGCAUGGGACGAAGUGAUGGCAAUUGGCGAGAUCCAUGGAACUGCCACGCUUUCUUUACAUGCCAUGCUGGCACAGGAUACAAAAGAAACUGUUCACUGGCUAUUCUGACUUAUGAUCCUGAUAUCGACAGCUGUGACUUUCCAAGUGUAUUUCCGUGUAAAAACGUUGAUACGGAAGUUUACCACGAGAAAGCUGUUGUAAUGCCAGAAGCGGUUGUUGCAGAAGCAGUGGGCGUAGACGAGCCUUGUGCAAAAUUAUCUGACGGCCACUACCCAGUCCGUGACGUGUUCGUUGUUAUGGUUUGUCGUUCACAUCGACAUCAAUAUGUUGCAUGCGGGAAAGGGGAAAUGUAUCAUCCUGCGCAAGAGAAGUGCGUCUCUGGAAAAGAAGUUUCUCUUCGAAACUUCUGCAAAGGUAGAUUCGAUGGAAACUGGCGCAACCCAUGGAACUGCCAUAACUACAUCACGUGCCAUGCAGAGAGGACAUUCGAUCGAAAAUGUUCAAAAGUAACCACGCUCAACUAUGAUCCGUACCACGAUGCAUGCGCAUACCCAGCCACCUUUCAAUGUAAACAAAUAUGAUGGGUUGCUUCACGAAAACUGACGGAAACUGACAACCAAGGAAUCUUUAUUAUCUAAUAAUUAGUUUUGUACUUUAUUUUUAUACUAUGUUUUUACUACUUAAAUUUUUGUUAUUUUUUAUAAAACAUUGGGUGUUGUAGUCUUUUUUUAGAAAUAAAUUUUUAACAACUUUUAGUGUAUACAACCACAGACUUGUGGCAUGUAGAUUAUGAUUCUUAAAUGUGUUUCAUUUUAUACCACGUCUUUAACAUUUGAACUUUUGGUUGCCCAAAAUUUAAUUUGCGUGCGUACCAUGAUUGCAGUAAUUAAUAUUUUUUUAAAAAUUGCUGAAUGUUGCCAAGGUUUACAUCAUUGUAGUUUUUAUCGCUUGUAGACAAACCCUUAAGUUUGACUAUACGUAAUUGUAGUUUAACCACAUGUAAACAAGCCCUUAUGGUGUAAUACGUCUUCUUUCUUGUUUUUAUUAUCAUAAAAAGAGAGUAUUUGAA